UACUUUCAUUUUAUUUGAUAACAUGCUGUCAAACAGGUUGUUAUCUCUGGUGUCCUCAAAUAAUCGCACCAUCGUUGGACAUCUGUGUGAAAUGUCUGCUGUAGUUUCUGCGUCUCUCUGCUGGACUUUACUGUCUGUCGGCCUCCUGCUCGUCUCUGCAGACCAGAGAAUCAUCACAGCGGAGCCGGGACAGACGGUCAUUCUGCCAUGUCGAGCUCCAAACAACGACAUCAUCGGUGUAGAGUGGAGCAGAGCUGAUCUGCAACCAGAACACAUCUUUCUUCACCACGAUGACACGUUUGAUCCAGUAAACGAGCGUCCGUAUUUUGACAACCGGAUGGACCUGCAGGACAGACAGAUGGAGGACGGAGACGUGUCUUUGGUCCUGCAGAAAGUGACGUCUGCUGACACUGGAGUGUACGAGUGUCACGUCUUCAUGAGAGGAACAGACCCCAGGAAGAGAGCUAAUCCGGACGGUGACCCCAUCUGCAUCAUCCAGCUGAGGGUCAAUGAUGCAGAAAACCGAAUAAACGUUUGAGUGAAAUAUAAAUAAGUCAAAGCCAAAUGUGAAUUAGCUGACUUAACAGCACACUCAUAAAGACUGUGAACCACUGAGAUAUAGAUAUUUACACGUGACUGACUCGGACCCACCACCUCAACUCCACGUUUGAAUAGUGAAACAGUCUUAAUGACUUACACAAACACAUUAAUGUUACAACAGCUCCCACUUACCAGUUAUCCUUAACCUGUUCAUUUAUUUCUUAAUCUUUAUUUUGAUCAUAUGAGGACUUUGGGGUCUGCUUCGGAGACUACAGGAAAAGCAAAGAACCAGUUCAAACUGAAAAAUCUAAUCUGAUCACAAUCAGUCAACAGUGAGGCGGUGUGGCGUUUGUUAGUGCCUCACACCACAAGCUUUGUUAAAAAGAAAAUACUUUAAAAAUAAAGUAAAUUGUAUUUUUCUCCUCACUUAACGUUUACUAGUAAGUCCAGCAUAUUUAAUUCGCACGAGACUGCAUGAAAACAAUCAAGUUAAAUAAACAGGACUUUGAAUUUUAGUGUGUACAUCCAUCCCACAUGAUCUGCAUGUGGUGAUCUAACAAAGUUAGCAAUAACCAAGUGACACACAAACACCUGGUAAAACACUAAGGUGCUUUCAUUUGAUUUCAUAACUUGUUGUCUACUCAGGUUGUUGUCUGUGUAUUUUCAAAUAAUCACACAUUGUUUGACAUCUAUGGGAAAUAUCUGCUGUAAUGUCUGAGUCUCUCUGCUGGACUUUACUGUCUGUCUGCCUCCUGUUGGUCUCUACACGUGAGACUGAACUCUUUUUAGAUCAGAUAGGAGUUCUGUGAACAUUCGCUACAUAAACAUGCUCUGAAACAUUUUGCAACAUGUCUGAAAUGGUGAUGUCCACUGAGCUUUGUUGCUGCAUUUCUGUACAUAUGUGAGGAUGUAUUUAUUUCAAAGAUCCUGCACAGUUUCUACUUUUAUAUUUAUAUACACGAUUAAAAAAAUAAUUAUUACUUGCAUGUAUAUAUCUUGGGUUUAUGUUUUUAUAUUUUUAGAAUCAAAUUUAUUAUAUCGUAUUAGUUUGAUAGUGAGUUGUGCACUAACUGGUGGAUGGUUUUUUUUUUGUAUUGUAUUCUGUCUCAAGUGGUCAUUGAGUCGUGGCUCAACUAGAACUGAUCUUGGGGCUUUUCCACAGAGCAGGUAAAACGGGUUUUGGUAACCAUCAGGUGAGGGUUUGUUCCCAGAAUAGAGACCAUUAUUUCUUCAGCCAACGACAGGGAAUUUUUAAAAGAUUCCUGGUUUGUCUUCUUCAUUUUCUCAUACCAAAGUCUGGCAUGUGGCGUAGCAGAUCUUGCCUGAUAUCAGAAGCUGAACUAGGUGUGGGAUGGUUAGGAAUACCAGGUGUCUUAAGUUUUGAGGAAACUGUUGUUGCAGUUUGGUGAUAAAUUAAAUAAAUUUAAUGACAUUCAAUUGGAUGUCAAAUUGUAUGUUUACAGGUUUAAAAGUAUGGGUCAGAUCAGUUUUUGGAUGACAAGCCUCAUCUACACUCUUUUAUUAACUCUGUGGAUAAUAAAGCAGCUGUCAGACUCUCAGUCUUACACUGACAUUACACAGCAAAUACAGUUUAAUUAAAACUUUAUGAGACUUGAAACACUUCUUCCUGUGUCAUGGCCUCUCACACUUGUGGAACUGGCCAUAACCUAAUAAACGCCAUCCUGGAACAAACUCACACCUGAUGGUUUUGCAAAACUCUAAUUGCCAAGGUCCUGCACAGUUUCUACUUUUAUAUUUAUAU